AUGAACGGCGUCCAGGACAAGACAUCUGCUACUCAGUGGACUGCCGUGGCAUUUGUCAUCAUCUUUGUGUUUAUCUUUGGCUUUGGUUGGAUCGCCAUCCCAUGGUUGUAUGGUCCAGAGAUUGCUCCCCUAAAAUACAGGCAUCUCGGGGGUGCAUUUGGCAGUCAAGGCGAAUGGUCGAUGACCUUCAUAACUGUCUUCGCUGGCGGUAUUGCAAUACAGCGUACGAAUUGGGCAAUCUGGUUCUGGCAGCUCGGAAGCUGCAUCAUCGCCAUCCUCUUCGUGUACUUCUGCUGCCCUGAGACGGGCGGCAAGACUCUAGAGGAGGUGGACGUGGUGUUCAUGGACAAAGACGACGCUGCUGAUAACCAUCUCCAUCAGGCAGCCGUGAGGGAUGCAGAGGCGGCGAGCGAAAAGCACAGCUCGAUCUCCGAGCAACGUGAGAAGACGUGA